GGCUGCAUCCCAGAGAGUUAAACCACAAAAACGCAUAGCCCUUCUGUUCUGUGUGGUUAGGUCUCACCCCGUGAACAACCUGAGGAUAGGUGUUUUAAGGAGGUGUCAGCGGUUAUCUUUGGUUCUUCUGAAGGGUUUCAGUUGUGGUUCUUGAGGGUAGAUAACAUGAUGAAGGUGGCGCACUUCGUGUUUGGUAUAUUUGAGUGUGAUCUGGUUGUGAUUUUGGGCAGGGAAUGCGACUGCUCUUUUCCUCUUCUUGUCUCCCAUUGUCACAUUUUGGAGGAUUAUAAAACACAAAUCAACAGAGGAUUUUUCAGGGAUACCCUACAACAUGACCCUGCUCAAUUGCUUCCUCUCUGCUUGGUAAGCUCGCCCUUCAUCAGGUAUGGGCUGCCGUUCGUGUCACCCAACAAUCUACUUGUGUCGACGAUCAACGGCACGGGGAUGGUGAUCGAGCUGGUGUAUGUGAUGAUCUUCAUUGUGUAUGCGCCCCGGAAGCAGAGGAUCAAGACGUUGGCCUUCUUCACUAUGGUCGUGACGGUCUCCGCCAUGGUUGCCCUUGUUUCCCUCUUUGCCCUCCAUAGCCAUGCCCGUAAGCUCUUCUGCGGUUUUGCUGCUGCCAUUUUCUCUGUGAUAAUGUAUGGCUCGCCACUCUCCAUCAUGAGAUUGGUGAUCCGAACCAAAAGCGUGGAGUUCAUGCCCUUUUUCCUUUCGCUGUUUUCAUUCUUGUGCGGCACAUCAUGGUUUAUCUUCGGACUACUCGGUCGUGAUCCUUUUGUUGCGGUGCCUAACGGGUGUGGAAGUGCACUUGGAGCAGUGCAGCUCAUCUUGUACGCUAUCUACAGGAACCGCAAGGGAGCCGCCGCCGCCGCCGCCAAAGCAGGCGCGGUGGAAAUGAACGGCGCUGAGGAGACGAGCAAAGAGGGCCAGAAAUCCGUGCACGACCAGGUUUAAGCCUGCUUGGAUGGCGCCAGGUUGGCCCAGAGAUGGGGUUGUAUCUUUUAUAUGAAAGAAGGAUUUGCUUCCUUUCGCACAAGUCUACCAUUAGAUUAUCAACUGCACGAAUCUCAAAGCGAGCAGUGGAUGAUCCAAUGGUGGAUUCACAUGAAGGAAGGUGAAUCGUUCUUUGGUGUGAAGGAUAUGACCCCGGCCCGUUGGGCCAAGGCUGCCUGCCCUUGAGUUGUCCCUUUUUUUUUUUUCUUACCAUGGCUUUGGCUGUACUACGUAUCCUGGUGAGGCUGUCAUUAUGUCUUGUAACUUCUUGUAUCCAUAAGAAGCAUAAGUUUUAUUUUUCUGCACUGCUACAAAAUAAGGCUACGACAGCGGUUGAAAAACUACUGCCAUAGCCUAAAAAAUUGCUGUCAUUUCAACUAUUAUUAGAGCCCAAAAAAUUACUAU